GCUUGCACCUCGAGUAGAGGAAGGUGAACGAACGAGAACGGGUUUAAGGGUUGAUAUUUUUCUCUAUGGUGGGAAAGAGUUGGUGCAUUGGCUGUUCCCUUUGUGCGCACCACUCUUUUGCAGUGUCCAUUGUCGAGGAGGGGGAGCAUUGAAGACUGGAGGAGGAUAAGAGGAGAGAUUCUUGGGAAGAAGCGGCGCCCUCGAUAAAUCGGGUUCCUCGACCCGGAAACGGUGCAGUUGGUACGUGCGUAACACGGCGUACGAGUAUCGUCACAUCGAUAUCCUGAUCGGCGCACGUGUCCACGCAACGAGGCUAAAGAGAACACCGUCGAUGCACAGGAGUGUUCUCAACAAUGUCGUCUUCUUCACCCGAGUGUUCAACGUCCUGGAUAUUCUAAAGCAUGGAAUGAGUUUUUGAGAAUGCAGAAUCUUGUUUAUCCCGUAAUUGGCGGAAUGAAUAGUGACGAGUGUAUGAUAAGUUAUCGGUUAAAAACAUAACAGAAAUCAUCAUUCAAAUGAUUAAGACAACAUCAUCGAGUUCAAUCAACAGACAGAAAAGGCGAUAUUCAGCGUAACAUGAGUUUCGCAGAAACAACUUGUUGAUGACGUUAUGGGGUGGAUCUUUCUUGCCAGUACUUUACUCUUCUGCAUAUGCGCGGCGGGACUGCCGUUGCCACAGGGAGGUGGCGGAGCGGGGGGCCAUGGACAGCCGCAGGCUGGAUCGCCGAGCACCCCGGGCCCCGGCGGUGGUACAGCUGGCAGUGGCGCGAGCACUCUCGGCGCCGCUGGCGGCGGUGCUUCUGGCUCUGGCACCGCCGCCGCCGGUGGAAGUGGGAUUGGUUUCAGUGUGACCGGGGGAAGUACCGGCGGCGGGGCUGGUGGCGGUGCCGCCGGCGGUGGCGCAAGUUGGUCCGCGGGACCGCCUCGUCGGGGCCGAGGGUGGCGCGACUGGCGCCGCGGCGACCCCACGCUGAUCAAGGGACUGUGGAAGUCGAAGGGGCCUCUAGAUUCCCUAGGAAAGGCGGAGGUGUACAUCUUCUUGGCGUUGCUGAUCGGUUUCGUGACGGUGGUGGUCGGGUGUUGGCUGUCCGACAACUGUUGGUCCCCGGAGCCGGAAGGAGUGGUGACCCUGGCAUAGCCUAGUGCAGACUUCCGUUCGUCCAGGCGAUAACAACUAGUACGCGGGCCCUCCUACAGGAUCUUCCAAGACUUCGUCCAACAGAACAGGCGUCCGUUGCUCGACAUCAACGAUAACCACACCGUGCUACCACCCGUGUGAUCAUCCGCGUCACGCUUGAAGGGAAGGAAAGGGGGAGGAAAGAAGGAGAAGGGAAAGAAGAAGGAAGAAACCGUCUCUCUUCCAUCGAGGC